CAUGCGUUUAAUGUUUAUUCAAAAAAAAAAAAAAAAUCCUGUGAAAAACGCCAUUGGGCGGUUUUUUGCUGAAGUGGGCGGGUUUUGGAACGUGAUUGGGCGGAUUUAGCUCAACCAAAUCUGGCAACACGGUGGGCGGCCAUACUUGCCGAGAUCGGUCUUGCAAAUGGCGGCGUUCAAGAAAACGUGACGUAGAUGAACCGUAUGAAUAGGGAACGAUUUCGAACACAGCUAGUCACAAAGUCGAAAGGGGACGCUAUAAGUGCUCCGAGACCGGAAAUGACGUGAAACUCGGAAGGCUGGUGUCCCGAGGCAUAUGGAUCAAACCAUAAAAACCCCAAUGACACACGAUCCCUUUUCCGCUGCACAUACGCGUUGCCAAACUGCGGUCAGAUGGUCGCAGUUCGUCCGAAUAUCACGUUUAAAGCGGCGGUUACGAAACGUCAAGUCAUUCUACCCGCAUCCAAUCCUCGGGGGAACCUUUUCACAAUCUACAUACGUGACAAACACACCUAGUCCAGCACAUGUUUCAGUGACGUGUUUUAACGUGAUGGUUUUAUUCUAUCACACUUAAUAAAGUGCGACUACGUGUCUUUACUUUCCACCGACUCAAGGGUUCCGCUCUUGAGAACCAGGAUGUGAACCGCUUUCGUUUCUCUCCUCGUCAACCUCCGUGUUACACUUUCAAGAUGGAUGCGCUCGCCUAGAUAGGUUUCUGUUUCUUUUUCGAUCUCGAUGGACCCCCUGUCCCGGGCCGCUUCAUCUAAACACUAAACAGCGUUCAGUUCCGAUCAGUUUAAUCGAUACGAGGUGACACACCGAGCGGUUAGGGUCACGUUUCAGACCUGACCGGAUAAUGUUGUACAGCGAGGCUCUAACUUCCUGGUUUUCCCGAUCUUGUUAACAGUAGAGUCCUGCUCGGUCACACAGCGCAAACGGGUCCGGGCUCCACAUAUACGGUCUGGGAUCCAGGGUGGGUCCAGCUGAAAUGGUUCAGGCCGACAUCACAGGUCUGAUGGUGGAUUUCCAAAGCUCCUUCUAGCCAUGGACCGGACAUAUGGUGGAUUAUCGAGCAAAUGUGGUGAGCUGGUUCUCCGUGUGUCAGAAUAAGUUUCACUUUGGGUGACGUGGUAGUCAAUGUUAGAACCAGUUUCGCUUUAAGCGGUUCGUUGAAAAACGUUUCACUUUCAGCGACCAACUGAACGCGUCGGAUCGUCCUUAUUCUCCGACAUUAUUACUGUACAUCUUGUGCUUAUGACAUUAUCAGUGUACCUCAUGUACGGGGGAGCCUCAGACGCCAUAGGAAACGGCACAACAACAUCUGUGUUGAUCCCCGUGUCCAAGAGUUCCGUCGUGUUUGAGAAAGUUCUGGCUCCUCUUCAGGAGUCGUUUCUUUAUGGAGCGUCCAAGGAGGCCUUCAGAUACCCCUCUGCCUUUCUGUUCAAUAACUCCAUACUGCAGGAAAAGUACAAAGCGUUUCGGGCCAACCGACGACAGGCUGGCUACUCUGAGGAGGAGUUGAGAGAAGGAUACGGAUUCUUGUUAUUUGAUGACAUAGACAAGGCUGCCAAACUGGGGGAAACUGGUGUGCUCACUGGGAACAGCACAUGCAAAACACUUGGAGAUCCUUCGAAGGGAGUUUAUAUAGCAAGGUACUCCGACUGCCUGGCUCCUGAUCACUGGUAUAGUGGGAAAUCUGGUUUUAUCGUUAUCAUAAAGCUGACAAAGGUAAGAGGAGCUGUUGACAAGAUCCACAGCAUUGGAUGUUUCAAGCAGCUGGCAGAAGGAUCUUGA